AUGGAGGACAAGAAGAGGAAGUAUAACUCCUCUCAGCAGCAGGCUGGUGCCAGUCGUCCCCGUUACAACAAUCAGCAGGGCCCUCAGUCUCGCCCUGCAUAUCAGUCUGGUAACCAAGGACAGCAACAGAAUGUCAGGUACAGCAACCAGAGUCAGCAGACGAGCCAGCGCUACAACAACAACCAAGUGCAGCGCCCCGCUAGUCAGGCGCCUCGCCAGAAUGCCCCAGCACCAUCAGGCUCUCGCCAGAACUCCAACACUGUCCCAAUGAAGCCCAAUGUCAACCCCGCCCCCACUGGAAAUACCUGCUUCAAGUGUGCGACUCCCCGUAGCCGCCGUCGCCGUCGUUUCUCGUACGAGUCCUCCCUCUCCAAGUUCUCCUCCACCCUCGCCAACCCUCCGAACACGCCCGCCGCCGCACCCACCGCCAGCCCUGUCCCCAUCCCCAUCUUGUUCUUCUUCUUCCCGCCGGCACCAACGGCGCCGGUUCCGUACCCGGCGGUGGCGGCGAGCUCCCCUCCCUUUCGCCUUCCAGCUCUCACCCGGCCGCCACCGCUCCAAACGCUCCCUUUCGCCACCGCUCCAACGCUCCCUUUCGCCACCGCUCCACCAACCAAGCCGUCGUGCGCCGUGCAGGGGGCACCAACCUGGACGCCGGAACCCUAG